GUUAUUUGCCUGCUCACUGUGGAAUAAUAAGGGACUGAAUUUGGUUGACAUGGCUUCGUUCAUUCUUGUUCUUUUCCCGUAUAUUUUGCUGCAGGCCUUCGCAGCCCCAGGUUUAGUGUUCCUAGAUGGGGAGAAAGCUGACAGCAUUUUGUGGAGACGCAGACGAGCAAACACGGGACUGUUUGAGGAGUUUCUGAAUGGAAACGUGGAGAGGGAGUGCAUGGAGGAGAAGUGCGUCCUGGAGGAGGCCAGAGAAGCCUUUGAAAAUGAUGAAAAGACAAUGGAGUUUUGGGCGAGUUAUGUUGAUGGGGACCAGUGUAAAUCAUCACCCUGUCAGAACCGAGGCACAUGUGAGGACCAGAUAGGCACAUACACCUGUAACUGUCUGCCAGGCUUUGUCGGAAAAAACUGCGAAAUAGUGACUGCCAAAAAGUGUGAUGUUGAUAAUGGUGGCUGUGAGCAUUUCUGUGUUCAGCUGGAGUCUCGUGGGACAGAGUGUCAGUGUGCAUCCGGAUACAAACUCACAGAAGAUGGAUUCAAGUGUGAACCUACAGUUAAGUUCCCUUGUGGCAGAGCUAGUAAAACAGCUGUGAAAACUUUUGCAAGUGGCACCUCUGUUACGAACACAUCUGCACAGUCCUCCAAUAGGACAAUCAAAUCCACAUCCAACAUACUCAAACUGGACAAUCAAACAAUCCCUACAGAUUCUAAAGGAAAGAAGGGGGAACUCUCACCAUCUCGUGUUAAACUGCCUAAGUGGAUUUUAGCUGAUGUUUUGACGUCGCCUACAGUAAGUGCUCCAAAAAGCCGUAUUGUUGGUGGCAAUGCGGCCUUACCUGGAGAAAUCCCUUGGCAGGUGGCGCUGGUGUCACGCUCAACGCAGCAGGUGUUCUGUGGAGGCUCCAUUCUGAACCCGUUAUGGGUCAUCACUGCAGCACACUGUCUGCUAGGGGGCCAGAAUGGAUCCUUCUUCAUCAGAGUCGGGGAGUAUGACAUCUCCAAGACUGAAGACACAGAACAGAAUCUGGAGGUCACCCGUUUAAUCUCUCAUCCAAGUUAUAACUCCAAGUUAAGCCUCUACAAUCAUGACAUUGCCUUGUUGCGGCUGCGCACCCCCAUCCAGUUUACUCCGACGGUACGUCCCAUCUGCCUGGGACCCAUGCUCUUCUCCAACUCACUGCUGAAGUCUGGAUCUCUGGCCACUGUCAGCGGCUGGGGACGUCUGCGCUUCCAAGGACGAAGUGCAGAGACUUUACAGAAGGUUGAAUUGCCUUACGUGGACAGAACAGCAUGUAAGGAAAGCAGCAGUGACCUAAUCACAUACUUCAUGUUCUGUGCGGGAUACUCUGAUUCUCCUAAAGACGCCUGUCAGGGGGACAGCGGAGGACCUCAUGCCAUGCGCUACCACAACACCUGGUUCCUCACAGGCAUUGUCAGUUGGGGAGAAGAAUGUGCUAAGAAAGGGAAGUAUGGGGUGUACACACAGGUUGGGAACUAUUAUCGUUGGAUACAGCAUGUGAUGGGUGUUAGUAAGGGAGUACUGUCUACAAAUGUGGACCAAUGAUCUUGAGUUCUCUUCAAGUCUCAGAGAAAGCAACAUUCAAACCUUGAGAAAUUGAGUUGAUGUUUGCCUAAUCAAGUCAAAUAAUUUUUUUUGAUCGUUCCUAAUCCAUAGAUCCCAUUGUAAUGGCUUGUAAUCAUGGUCCGUCUCUUAUGACCUGGCCGGCCAAUGAGAGAUUCCAUCAUAAUAAGCCUGAGCAGCAUUUCAUCAAUUAUGCAUGACUUAGUGUCUUCACUGUCCCAUAAGGACAUUUAAUAAUCAAUAAUUAUUCUCAGUAGCACAGUUUUUUCUCCUGUGGUCUAAUGAAAGCAAGCAUGUUAUUAAGGAAAGUAGUCUUGCUGCAUGGUUUGAACCUCUUAUUCAGACAGCAAAGGAAACCUUAAUGUUGCCCAUCAGGCUUUGAACUUCACUGCAUAAGAGGGAAACUAGAGGAUAGCUGAGAAUAUCUGACACUAGAAGCCUACAUAAAGAGUUCAACAGCGUUCUGAAAAUCACUGGAUCUUACCCAUAACUGGAAGCCUUGGCUCUCUCACAUCUCACUUGUGAAAGAUCCUUUCAUCAUUUGAGUCUAGUUUCUUGGAGAUACCAUCACAGUUAGUGUUUAUGAUGUAUAUGUGUUUUUGACUCUAAUGCUAAGAAAUCUAAAAAUCUAGUAGUUGUAAAUUAAACCAUUAUUAAUAAUAUAUUAUAUAUACACUACUGUUCUAAAGUUUGGGGUUAGUAAGCUUUUUAAUUCAUAUAUAUUAUUUUAUCUGAAUGUUUUCACUUUUAUUCAGCAUGGACACAAUAACUGAUUAAAAGUGACAGUAAAGACAUUUAUGAUGUUAUAAAUGGUAUCUAUUUUAAACUAAACUUUAUAUCCAUCAAAUAAUCCUGGAUUUCUUUUAAUCAUGAUUUCCACA